GGGCAGCGGCAGAUGGGGAGGGACUGCGUCCGAGAAGGGCGGGGGCUGGCAGGAGGGGCGCGCCUUGCCUCUCUGGCGGUUUGGGGGCCGCCUCCUCCACGCUCUUCGCAGAGGAGCCCGCUCACUCUCCCAGGGGACCAAGUCAAGUCACCGUCGCUGUCUCUUUUGGCACCGUUACCAUGGCUGUUUCCUUCUGGCGGGGAGAAGCCUUCGCGAUGCAGACCCUUCCGAGUGCCCUUUGGAUGGCACUUUGGGGGUUAGCGCGCCUUUGGGCUGGGGCCCAAGCGGGCUGUUCAGAAGUGGGGCGGUGCUGCCCUGGGCGGGACCCCACCUGCUUCGGCCGGGGCUGGAGGCUGGACAGGGUUUAUGGGACGUGCUAUUGUGAUCAAGCGUGUCGGCUCACUGGGGACUGCUGCUUCGACUACUCCAGGGCGUGCCCAGCUCGCCCAUGCAUUGUGGGAGAAUGGAGUUCCUGGAGCAGUUGUGCAGAUCAAUGUAAACCUGCAACACGUGUGCGGAGACGUUAUGUGCAUCAGGAACCUCAGAAUGGUGGGGAGGCUUGCCCACACCUUGAAGAGAAAGCUGGCUGUCUGGAAUACACAACUUCCCAUGGACAGGAUUGUGGGCAUUCAUAUGUUCCUGCUUUUAUCACUACCUCUGCAUAUAACAAGGAAAGAAAAAGACAAGUGGUAUCUCCACAGUGGUCUGCAGAUACAGAGGAUGCUGGAUAUUGUAUGGAGUUCAAGACAGAGUCCUUGACUCAUUAUUGUGCUAUGGAAAAUCGUCCUCUGACCCGCUGGAUGCAGUACCUUCGAGAGGGUUAUACUGUGUGUGUAGAUUGCCAACCUCCAGCCAUGAAUACUGUGAAUCUACGUUGUUCUGGAGAUGGUCUGGAUUCUGAUGGAAAUCAGACUCUUCAUUGGCAAGCAAUUGGUAAUCCUCGAUGUCAAGGAACAUGGAAAAAAGUUCGGCGAAUGGACCACUGCUCCUGUCCAGCUGUGCACAGUUUCAUUUUUAUUUAAAGCAUAAGCAAUUUUUUAAAACAUGUAAAUACUUUUAAUAUCAUAAGGAACAUUUAAUACAUUUCACAAAUCUUUAAAAAUUAUUUGCUAUGUGCUAAACACUUGUCAUGCUUUGAUGAGAAUAAAGAAUAAAGAAGGGAAUUGUGGCAUAGAAUCCAUGUCUUAAAAGUAAGGGACUAUCCCACAUGACCACUAUGAGGUCUGUCUAUACUAGAUACUUCUAUAGACUCUCCUUAUAGGAAGUCUAUGAGACACACAUGAUGCAUAUUUGUAUUGCAUUGAAGUUAUUGUCCCACAUCCAAUAAGAGUAUUUACACUUCAUGUUAAGAUUUUUUUUUCCAUGUCAAAAAUCUCCUUUGAGUUUCCUAAAUCAUCAGGAAUAAUGAAGUCCUGAAUAACUAGAUGUGGAUAGCAGAGAAAGAAUGAAAUAUUGAUGGAAUUGCUCUCUGAAGCAAGCAGGAAGGGCACUGGAUGGGAUCAACUUAACCUUAUGGCCCCUGUCUUGCUUUGUACAGUCAAGAUAUCCAAGUUAUGUCAAACCCCUGUGAUUAAAUUUCCCCUAUAAAACUCUCCAUGGUUUAUGUCAUCUUAGCUUAAUCUACCUUGGAGUUAUAGCUCUCUGCCUAGUGUUAUCUUUCCUCUGAUCCCCCCACCAUGCUUCAUGGUGUCUCUCCUCUGAUUCCCCAGUAUAGAUCAUGUGUCUUUCUCCUUACAGUUAACUCUUUUAGGGUACUAAACUCGAUGGAUUUAGGGCAUGCUCCAACUUCAUGGAAUGUUCCCCUUCUCUUGGUUAAUUGUGAGUUCUACUAGGGAACUUGUCUUUUCCAUUAAUUGUUAAACCUUUUCUUGUUACCUACAUGCUCUCCCAAUUCUAUUUCAUAUUUACCACUCCUGGUGUCUACUGUAUCUCUUCUCUUAAAUAAACCUACCUUUUGCUUAAGAGAA